AUGUUUAGGAACAGUAACGGGCUUCUCAAGCGAAAACGAGUCGGGUUUUUGGUCAGUCAGAGAAAGAUGCGUAAGAGUAUUUUCGACACCUUCAUGCAGUUGUGUGGGUGAGUUUGUUGCCAAACCAGUCAUUUAUCUUGUUUUAUGCAGGCAUCGAUGUUGUUCAAAAUUACUUCAGGUACACAUGGUAUAUUUUUUUAUAUAAUUUCAUUUUUUUCACACUUUUGUAGGAAAACUGGUAUCGAUCUGGUUGAGGUAAGAAGGCUCAUGUUAGCUCAGAUCUGACGUACGCAGUCAAGGAUAACAAUAAAACUAAUUUAACUUGAUCAGGAGAAAUUGUUCUUCAAUUACGAAGAAAACUGUUUUUCGUCCUUUCAUCUUGGUUGUAAUAGGGAAUUGACGCACUUUUUAAUUUACGCGGUGGAUCAAACAAAUUAAAUUGAGGAAAAUCGUGAAUCACAUGUACACUUAAUUGAAAAUAAAAAAGGCGAUCACGUCCCCAUCUGUUCUGCCAUUUGAAAUUGCUACGAGCACUAUUUGCAGUCCAGCCUUUCCGGAAACUUAUCUUUCUUAUCCGUAUUUAGGGAAACUUAUUCACGUUAUGCGGUUUUCGCUGUUCCUCGCGUGUUUGAAACUAAAAGACUUAGGAAAUAUAUCAGUCGAAAACUACUCCGCCCUCUCUCGUCUUGAAUCAUCAACGAAAUUUCCCGUAAAUAAUAAAUUUUAGAGCAUCUUUCCAACAGAUCGACCAAAGUUUCGAUCAUUUGCGAAUGGUUUGUUUUAUCAUCAUAAUUGAUAUUGAAUUAUGAAAGGGAAAAGUAAAAGCAUGAUUUAUACAUGAAGGUGAAAGUCUCUUAUCAUGUUCCUCUUGUAUUGAAAACUCAUAGGUCACGUACAAAAUGGCAUUGCUUAUCAAAUUGACGUAGGGGAAAUGUAGAGAUCAUUUGGUUCAAUGAUUUUUAUUAGAUGACAAAUAAAUUUGUCCUCACUUCAAUGGUUAUACUUCUUAUCAGUUAGGAGAUGAACUUUAUGCAUUUGUCUCACAGUGGAGUCACUUUGGAUGUUGAUCGCAAUGUUUUGACUGCAAUACUGCUAGUUUUCAUCAGGCGAUGAGGUUGAUUCUUUAUGUGUCUCUAUUUGUAGCAUGUCGGUUUGCUGCUAUUGGUGCAUUUUGAUCCUCGUUAUUAUUCUGAUUGCUAGAUGGUGUUCCCUCAUUGGUCCUCAUUGAUUGGCUGUUGUUUUGUUUGAUUGUGGGUUUCCAAGCUUAGGGAAUUUUGAUUCCACUAUCCCUGUUGAUGUUUUUAGGGUGAAGUCCUAUAUGGAUAGCCUCUUUGACCCUAUGCAUGUACCAGUGGGGGUCACAAUCAAUAAAUUCUCCCAGUUUUGCUGAUAUACACUUAGCCCCAUUUACAUGGGAUCUUGUAAAGAACACCGUCUUGUUUUGAUGGUUUCAGGGCGUCUUUAGGUUGUACUAAGUGAGACCCAAGUGUUGUGCCAGACUUGAAAACGGUCCAUAUGCCUUAAUGUUGUAGGCAGUGGCAAAGAACCUCAGAUGCACCCUUUAUGUAAGGGAGCAUGGCAGUAGAUUUAAAUUCCUGCGCAGGUUCUUUGUUGGCUGUUAUCCUUGUUGUCUUUGCGAGUUUUCACACAAAUGAUGACAAGUGUUUCUAUUUCUGAUAACUAGCAAGGGUGCAUGGAUGUAACAGUAGCAAGAGAAUGUAUGUCUUGGUACUGUGGCUUAUGUUCAUUUACCAGACCUGGCAUCAGUUGUUUCCCUUGCCCUGGGCUGUCUUUUUGUUAUAGUAUUUCUCCAUUAUUCAACCCUCCUUGAAUUAGCAACAUACCAGAUUUCAAUUUGCACUGAUGAGAAUGGACAAAGAGUUAACCCUUUGACAACAAAGAGUGACUAGCAUCUAAUUUCUCCUUAGAAUAUGACCCCUGAAUCAAACAUUCAGGUCAUGAGAAUAAAAGAAAUGAUCACCAAUUGUCAGAAGCUCUUGAUUGUUACACAAAUUCUCCUUAUCUUUAACUAAGUUCAUGUAUAGAGAACAGCAUAGAGAAUAUGCAUGUUGAAGUGUAAAGGGUUAAUAUUGUGAAAAACCCAUUGCUAAAACCAUACUCAUCAAAUAGCACUAGAAAGUAACAUGUCUAGUUAUUCACAAGGCAAAGUUUAUUUUGAUUAGGUGGACCUGGACAGACCACUAGAAGAACAAGGUCCCUUUGACCUGAUCAUCCAGAAGAUAACAGAUUACAUGGCAGCUGCUACAGAGGGUGAUGAAGAAGCUAUUAAAACAUUAAAAGGAGUAGAGGUAAUGUAUUUCACACUUUCUUUAUCAAGCAGCCUGUAUUACUUCAUAAUUUUGUCUUUCAAUUCAAGUGUGCUUCAAUUGCCAAGGCUUGCAAUAGAACUGACUUUUAAUCAGUAGUGAAAGAUCACUGAGGCUAACGUUAGGUGAAGGUUAAUCCUUUAACUCCCAAGAUCUCAUUAGUAAUUCUCCUUACUGUCUGCUAUAUAGUUUUUUUGAUGUUAGUUUGAGGAAUCUGGUAUUGAAUCAACUAAUAAUCCCCCUAUUAAGACUUUUCUUUAUUCUCAUCACUUGUCUGCUUGAUAUUGUAUUGAUAUUGUAAGGAGAAAUUCUGUCUUGGUCACUCAUGGGAGUUAAAGGGAUAAGUCUGUACUUGAGCCGGUGGCAUAUCCAGCCAGAGCUUAUCCUGAUUCACAUAUCUUGAAGAAAUUUUGUAGUGUUACUACUCUCCCCUGAAUGGGUUGCCUGUUCAUGGCAAGGUUACUUGCUAGUCUUUUAUCAGGCUGGCACCCAUUUAUACUCGGUGAGAGAGGCACUUUAAAAGUAAGGUAGCAGUGUUUUGCCUGAGAGCACAACACAAAGCCCUAACCAGGCCUCACACCCAGUCCUCUUGACUGGGAGUCUAGCACACUCACCAUAACACUGGGCUUUUGACCCAGUGAAAAUAAAAAAACAUGCUCCUAUGCUCAUGAAAAAAUAAAAAACAUCUUUCCAUUUAGGAAACUGUUGUGAAAUGUUCUUUUUUAGAUGUAUAUUAAAGAUCACCCAGAAAUCAUCAUCAUUGAUCCAAUGGAAUCAAUCCACAAGUUAUUUGACAGAACAAAAAGUUAUCAGAUCAUGAAAGAGUGUGAAAUCCUGGAGGAAGGUUUGUGUGAAGUUUUGAUUUCACUUUGCACUGAGUAUAUAUGAUCAAACCAUAUAUUGUUGUCAAAAGUCGAUUAUUAAAUAAAUAUUCAUCUUCUCAUUGAUAGGAGUUAAAGUCUUUGUUCCUAACUUUGUGCAAUUUGAUGAGCUUGACUAUAAACAGAAUUUGAUGAGAAUUGAAAAUGCUGGUGUUAUGUUUCCAAUGAGUAAGUACCUAGAUCUCUGCUUUAAUUAAUUGGAUUUAAAUGCAUUUAAUUUAUUAUUUAGUUCAGUUCAGAGUGCACUAUUUGAGGAUACUUUUGGUCACCCAACUUUUGAGUUAAUACAUAAUAUAUAAGUGCCAUGAAUAAAUAGGAAAUAGAAAACUAAAAGUUUUGAUGUAAAAUCAUUAUAAUUUUUUCUAAUGUAGCAUAGAUCACUGUUGUAGCUUGAGGCUAUAAAUACAAAUUUUAACUUUGUACACAAUUUUUUUUUUGAACUGUAUCCUAUGAAAAUUGCUAUGCCAAUAUACUAAAUAUAAUUUUUUGAGGUGUUAUACAUUACAUUUCAGUUUGUAAAACUGUCAUUGGUCAUGGAUCAGAAUUGUGUCAUGAGGUAAAUGUUUACCAGACAAUGAAGGAAUUUAGUUAUAGAUGUAUAUGGAUGGACAGGAAAUUGUGUUUGUCAACUUUUUUCCAACUGUAGAGAAAGUUAUUGUUAACUGUAAUCAUUUUUGUCUUGCAUUUCAGAUGGCAUUAAUCUUUAAUGAGGAAGGACUGCAGGACCUGACACAGGCUCCAUGUGUUGUUCAACAAUUUGUAAAUCAUGAUGCUGUUUUAUUUAAGGUAAGUAAGUUGUAAUGUAUGCAACUGAAUCGAGGCAAUGCACUCCAGUGCUAUCUGUCAAUUUAUAUGAGGCAGUCAAAGGAGAUUGACAAUGUGAGAUUAUUUUUACUUCAUUUCUUUUGGGAUCAAGAUAUUUUCAUCUGUGUUGCCUUUCAUUCAAUCACAAAAAGUCUUUUUGUCCCCCUGUCCCCUUGGUAAUUAUCUUAUUAUAUGCCCCAUUAACAGGUAUUUGUGGCAGGAGAUAAGCAUUACAUCGUAGAGAGACCAUCAAUUAAGAAUUUUUACAAGACCACAAGUAAGUUAGAUGAAUUGUGUUUAGCUGCCUUGUAUUUGGGAUAUGCGGAGCAUUCUUGAUUGUAGAGUAAUAUAUAGAUUUAGGCAAGCCUAAAAGCGGAGCUCACUUUUUUUUUUUUCCAACAUGUCUCUUGAACAAAACUAAAGCCCCUACUAUGGAUAAAGUCCAUGGUAAUAUUAAUGGAUUUUCAUUGGCAACUUCUCUGUGUCUGUGUAGAGGACUGAUUAUAAGAUAGUGCCCGUACAGUUGAUACAGUUGGCUGCGCAUGCUAAAAGUAGCACUUUGUACGGUUGGUCGUAUGAUUGUAUGUCCAAAUUUUUUCAGCUCAAUGGGUUACUACUAUUUUGUAUAAUUAUGGGGCUACACUCUGUGAGCUCUGCUAUAAAUUUUAGAAAUGUCGUAAUCUUCUACACCCUAACAUCAAUAUGCAAAUUAUCCAUUCUGUUCUCCAUACAUUUCCAAAGAGGCUGACAAGGAGAAUUUGUUUGACAAUCAAGAGCUAUUUUAGUUGGUGAUCAUCUCCUCUAUUCUCAUGAUUUUCAUGUUUGAUUCAGGGAUGAUAUUGUAAGGAAAAAUUAGAUGCUAGUCACUCUUAGAUGUUAAAGGGUUAAAAAUCUAUAACUGUACUGUUAACUGAUCUUAUUACAACCUCCCAAGAAAUCAAUUGAAAACAUUUUAUCACUUAAAUUUUUCAUUAUGUUGUGUUUUGAUUAAAAAUACUUCAAUGAGAGACAAAACAUGAAUGUUUUUUUAUCAGAGAAGAUUGAUUUAAGUCUGUCCUUCAGAAUUAUUCGGGAAAAGAAAUUAGUUGAUUUGAAAUUGUCUCCAGUUAUCUUAAAAUUUCACUUUGAAGUGCCGACUAGAAUAGAAUACAGUGGUUGAUUGAAGUAACUGUAAUGCAGACAAGGAACUAGUUUUUGAGCUUUCAACAAAUGACAACAAUGUCUGUUUUUUCUUUCAUCAGCAAAAGAGAUGAAAACAAUAUUCUUUUCAUCACAUGAUGUUUCCAAACCUGACUCAGGAUCUUAUCUUAGUGAGGUACAGCUGUACAGUGUAGAUGCAAUACUGGGCAUGUCUCAUGUAAUAUGUCUUAAAAAUUCUGAUAUGAGCCCUGUGACAGUCAGACAACAAUACUUGUUACUCCCAAAAAUUUCUAUAUUGACUGGGACUCUACUUUAGGCCUCAUCUAUGGGUCGCUAUAAUUUUUUUCAGUUACUGAAAAUUGAAAAUAGGUUCACUAACUUAGAACAUACUCCUCUUAACACAAAUCAGUGAUUACUGGCACUGAUGACUUGUCCAUGACAUUGAAAUAACAAACAAGACCAACUGAAUACCCCAACUUAACAAAGCAACUGAUGCUGAAAAAUCAUCUGCGAAGCGUAAUUGUACUAACCCAGGUUGUAGUAUUGUAUAAUCAUUACUGCAGUAUUUAUUUCACUGGCAAACUGAAUCUUUGUUUUUCAUGUUGACUGUUCAUGUACAGCUUGACAAUGAUGAUAGUGAUAGCACAAACAGUAUAGGGCUGGAUGAAAACUUAGUUUUAAAACUUGUCAGAAAACUUCAACCAAAAUUGGUAAGUGUUCUUAUCACAGUCACAGAUAUAGCUUUAUGGGGGAAUGCCAAAUUACCAGCAACCAAGCUUGUUGUCUCAUACUUCCCUUCUGGUAAACUUGUGAAGGAUUUUUGCUGAGUGGGAUUAGGCUUCUGCAAGUUAAAACACAAGUUCACCCAGCUUCAUUAAUUUAUAAUUCCCACAAGUGAGGAGUGAAUGUGCCUUGAACUGAAAACUGCGCUUGUGAAGAUAUUUUGUUGGGGUUUUGUUUCUUUUACUGGAUCACCUAGGCUAGCACCAGCCAUCCUCGAGAGAGAGUCCAACCAUAAAAAUGAGUCGAGAUCACAAAAAUAAAUAUUUUUGGUGUUGUCACUGUUUUUGUUGUUUGCCCCUGUUAUCCAGCCUUACAUCAGUUUUCUCUCUUAACUAUAUUGUUAUUAUUAUUGUUAUUAUUAUUAUUAUUAUUAUUAUUGCUAUUAUUAUUAUUAUUAUUAUUAUUAUUAUUAUUAUUAUUAUUGUUAUUAUUAUUUUUAAGUUCAUGUAUCAACCCUGGUUGAAACACUGGUAGCCAGGUAGCCAUUUUCAGUCUGUUCUGCAGAGCUGAACAUUUAAGGCCAGGCACCAAAAAGGAAAAUUUUCAACCUGAGCUAAAUUUCUUCACCAGGAUUGAAACUUCUUUCUUGUAUUGGCAGUUUCUUUGAAAAAAGGCACAUGUAUAGACAGUUGUGCAUCCUGGUUAACUUGGCAGAAUUGAUUAUAUCAUAUGAUUUUGCUGAUUUCAACUUAUAAAGUGAAGUCAGUGAUUUUGUGUCUUUCCAGGAAAAAUUUAAUGAAAAUGUGGUCUAUUUUCUUUAAACAGAAUUUAACAAUGUUUGGCAUUGACAUUGUUGUGGAGAAAGGCACAGGGCACCAUGUUGUUAUUGAUAUCAAUUACUUUCCAGGUGAGUCUGUGUUUUUGUUACAAUUUACCACAUCAUACAUUCAGAGUAUUUGGGGCCAUAAUUCUUGUGAACAAUAUAUUGUUAAUUUUGCUUCCUGAGAGAUCUUUUUAUCUUAUUGUUAGGAUAUGAAGGAGCACCAUCAUUUCCUGUUGACUUUGCAAAGUAUGUACAUGACUUACUCGACAAAGCACAUACCAUGGAAAGGACAGCAACCUCACCUAUAGUGUUGAGUUGA